AGUUGUCAGCCCAAACUACCAAACACAGCCGCAUCUAACAAUGGCAACGGGGUCCGACUUCCAUUCGGAAUUAGAGUGAUCCAAAUUCGACAACCGUAUAAGCCUUACGGGUACCCCUGCACCCGCGCAUCCUAUCAUUUGUUGGGCGCAGCCCCCAUGUUCGAGCCGGACUUGGACACAACCAUGUCUUGCGAACGUCUCCGACUGUUAUAUAGCAAGACUCCAUGCGCAACUUCCUCCGACAACAGCCCAAGCUUUCUAUGGAUUUGAUGCUGUUGUUCAUCAUAUUUACUUGUACGCAAGUUCCCUACGCAAGCAAUACUUAGAAGAUCGAUCUACCAGACCCGUCUCUCUCUCUGCUGUACCUACCUCAACAUCUUGGAUUUAGUACCUGCCAAUGUCAUUGUCAUCUUCAGCUGAGACUGCACAUUCCGAGAUGUCUGCCUUCUGUCCCUACGACUCUGAAAUGAGUCUCCCUGUCGCCUACGACGACCCUCAAAUAUUCUUCUAUCCCGAACAACCCUACACAUUUGUGACUUCUCCACCUCUCGACCCCUCGAUCAGAAAUCAAUGUCUCCCCGAGAGCAGCAGCAGCUAUACAUUGGUCCCACCAGAGCUAUACACAGAUUAUCCUUCACCAACAUCAUUCCAGAGCUGUUCCAUGGACAUAGCUCACAGGAGCUCGCACCCUUCUUCAUCUCUGAGCGCCGGGUCUCCCUUUGACGCAGAAAGCUCCCAAUACACAUCCGGCUCAUCGACCACCGGAUCUCCAACACCCGGUAACCAUAACCAUACCAAUAAUAACCACAAUCCAAACCUAACAAAAUACGGCAUCCAAAACCCCGACGGAACCUGGCGCUGCGCAUAUCCAGGCUGCACAUCGCGCGCCGUCUUUACGCGAGGCUGUGAUCUCCGGAAACAUUAUAAUCGGCACAGCAAGCAUCUUUUCUGUCGCUAUGAGGGAUGUCCCCAAGCUACCGAGGGUGGUUUCUCGAGUAAUAAAGACAGGACGAGGCAUGAAGCAAAACAUAAUCCGGGGAUAUUGUGUGAGUGGGAAGGGUGCAGUCGGGUGUUUAGUCGGGUCGACAAUAUGAAGGAUCAUGUUAGACGGAUUCAUAAGAGGCACCGGACCUGAUCCUGAGAGGGGGUGUUGGGGCUCUUUUUCAUAUUUAUGAUUAUAGGAUGAUUUGCGAGACGAAUCUCCAUCGGAUGAUCUGUUAUUGGCGUUUUUUGGGGGGGGAUAAAGCUUUUUUUUCUAGGGUUACUACUUGAUGAUGAUGAUACCAGCAUAGCGUAUGCGAGAGAUGGAUGAUGAAUGAUCUGAUCUAAAUGCAUAAUUCCAGGACAUUUUUUUUUUUCUUCUUUUUCUUCUUACUUCAUUUUUCAAAAAAAAUCUCCAGACCUAUUUUCCACAAAACCGUUCCGAAGCUCGAUCAUUCGUUCCUAGGGUU